AUGGCUAAAUCGAAGGCAGCCAAGCGCAAGCGCAAUGCGCAAGUUGACUUGCCCCAGAAGCAAGUCAAACCUUCCACGACACUGACACCGCCUCCUGAUGGGACCGGCAAAGAACCGAUGCAUAUUAAUGCCAUCGUUUCGGACGAAGACCUUGAGGUCACAGUGGAAACACUCACAGCACUGGCGGAACACCCCAAUUUGACCAAGUCCAAGGCAUGCAAGGACCUUCGUGUUGCAGUUUACGAUUUUCGUCAGGCCUGUACCACGGGUGUCAAUAACGCUGAGGGUGCAAAUUUGACUGCUCGAAUCACUGGUGCGUUGGCCGACGGAAAAUACUUGGACGCGAAAAUCUUGCUGGCUGAGAUGAGAAUUCGUGGGGAGCAACCGAAAAUUGGAGCAUUGUGUCGUUGGGUGCGAGACUUGGAUGUUGUCAGCGGUCUCUCCACCAAACCGGGCGAGACGAAUCUCGAGGUGAAGCGUAGUGCAAAAGAUCUCGAGCUUCUGGGUGUACUGGAUGCUAUCUUGCGAGUUAGCACGCCGAUCGACACAAACACACAAGCCGCCCUGACCACGUCUCCAAUCGCAUUUCAAUCUAUCUGGGACCUUCGUCCAUCCACUGCUCCCCUACCAAUUUACGCCUCGGUCCUUGAUCAAUCAAUUCUGGCAGAGGCUCCCAAAUCACCAUCUGCCUUGCGGAUCAUUGAAACCACACCUGGUCCGAUGCGGAAACCUCCCAAUCACCACCCGGCGAUUCUCUACACUACCGAGCCAAAUGCCGUCUCUUUGGCCCCCGUGGGGCCGACUAUUACAUACCAUCCUCAUCCCGUCGUGCCGGGGCUUGGUAUCGCUAUGAAUGUCCUGUCUCCAUCCGAGUGUAAGGCGAUCAUCGCGGCCGGUGAGACUGUAAACUUCAUUCCCGACGCACCUCUUCGCGAGGACGGUGAUGUGAGCAUCUUAGCCCAUAACUUUUACUGGGUUGUGGACACCGCUUUCCAUGAUUUGCUCUGGGCUCGCAUUUCACCAUAUGUGCCCGCCUCGAUUAAUGGUCGGCUGGUCCGAGGCAUCAAUCGUCGCUUCCGAGUGUACAGGUAUGUGCCAGGUGCAGAGUACCGGUGUCACAUCGAUGGAGCCUGGCCACCCUCCGGCAUUCUGCCCGACGACACGUAUGUCUAUGAUUCGUCGCCCGAGGACAACAAGCAGAGCUCCAUGUAUACAUUCUUACUCUAUCUGAACGAUGAGUUUGAGGGCGGAGAAACCACCUUCUUCCUGCCUGCCGCUCGAGAAGGCACGCUUAAUGCCUACCCUGUACGUCCUGUCAUGGGGUCUGUUGCAAUCUUCCCUCAUGGAGAGGCCAAUGGGGCUCUCCUUCACGAGGGAACCGGCGUUCGAAAGGGUGCCAAGUACAUCAUCCGAACCGAUGUGGAAUAUGAUGUUAAGCCGUCUCAGUGA